CUGAGCGAGGACGACACGGGCGGCGAACGGGGCCGGGACGGGUGGCGGCGGCGGCGGCGACGAGAGCGCUCGCGCUCGUCGGACGACAACGACGAGGAGGACGACGACGUACGUCUGGAGCAGGGCACGGCAUUCGAUCCCGGUAGCCGACUGUCGCAGACGAGCGUGGAAGGGCCGGCAGCCACCACGCAGCACCUCGUCACGGCCAUCGUGCACCGGCAGCGCUCCACGGCCAGCGAAGUGUCUGAAGCCCCCGACGCAGCAACCGCCACC